AAAUCAGAAAUAUCACACUGCCAUUAUUUAAAAUGAUGGCAUCUUAAAACAACCUCUUUGUAUAUUGACGGGCCUCAUUAUAUUUUUUUGUUAGAAACUGAGAGGAUGAAUAUGCUUAUCAUUUGCCUGAAGCAGCCUGUUGUUAUCAGCAAGAAGGAGGUGAUGAGAAUAGAAAUCCACUUUGACUUAGAGCUCACCGUAUCACAAGCUGCCAUUCAAGCCUUAGGAGAAGACAAACAGGUGUUGCCAGACCAGAUGAAAACCUCCCAGGAAAUUCCUUCUAAAUUUGAGAAAGAUGACACUGGGGUUCUUAGUAGCCACGAUGGAGAGGCAGGUAUGUGGGGAAGUGACAAAACUCUGACUGAACAAUGAUGAAAGCUAGCUUGGAAGAAGUCACUGAACACCCAGCAUCAUAUCAGUUUGAGCAUGAUAGUGCCCCUGGAGAAGAUCUGCUCAGAGCCUGGAAUCAUUUCCCCCACUUCAAUAUGUAUUUCCUCUGGGUCCAUUGGAAAUGACAAAGGAGAGCAAAUGCUGAGGGUAGCAGGGAGCAGGAGGUGGGGUUUGAGAGUCUUGUCUUCCCUCCAAGUCAGCCUUGGUCUAGAUUGGACACAUCUUUUCAGUUAUGUUCCAUGGUUGGUUUUUCGGAUUUGCCAUUUGAGGCAGGACCUAAUUACCAGCUCUUACCAAAGAAUGGUACAGUGCCCGAGGUGUGAAAUCCGUGACGGGCAAUCCAGUAUGCAGUGUAAUGCAUGCUUAUGUUUUUAAAAUUGUUUUUGU